AUGAUGCAUUGUGGUAGAGAGACGUGUACAUACAUGAGUGUCUGAGAAAUUUCAAGUGAAUGAUAAUGAAUCUAUAAUGUCACUUAAGAAAUCAUGCACUCUGAUGAACUGAAGGAACUAAAUGGAGGAUAUUCCAAGUUGAGUGUUAAAGAAAAGAGAAAGCAUCUUGGCAGAUAUCUUUGGGAGGAUUUUGUAGGAAAUUCAACCUUACAUGGUCUUCAUUACGUGUUUCAAAAACGUCCAGGAUUACAACGCUUUAUUUGGCUUAUUCUGCACGGUUUUAUGUUUUCUUUAUUCAUAUGGCAAACUUCAACAAUUGCUCAGAAAUAUUUGGAAUUUGAUGUGACCAGUUCCAUUGAAUUGGUAACUGAAGAAGAAGUAAAAUUUCCAGUCAUAACAUUUUGUAACUUCAACAAGUACAGAAAAAGUUUUAUUAAAGACACAGACUUUUUCAAAGUAAUUGAAAAAAAAUACCCUCUUUAUGAAAAUGAAAACAACAGUGUCGAUUGGACAAAAUACCCCAAAAUCAAUGAUUUGAAUAUGACAGCAUUCAUUUAUAAUGUAAGCCAUCAAAUGGACUAUGACAAUACAACUAAGAAGGGAAUGCUUUAUUAUUGCACAUGGAAAGGAGAAAUAUGCGAUAAAACAUAUUUUAAACCAACAUUAACAGACAUGGGUCUUUGUCACACGUUUACUCCAGAUAAAAGCAACAACAGUAAAGUAACUGCUCCAGGCAAACAUUCUGGACUACAUCUCAGGAUAUCAGUAGAACAAUCAGAAUACAUUGGAUUUCUCGAGUUUUCAGCUGGAUUAAAAAUUAGAAUACAUGAUCCAGAUGAACUUCCUCUGGUUUCAGGAUUAGGUUUUGCAGUAAUGCCAGGAUCUCAUGUUUAUGCAAGUAUUACACGACAAAGGACAAUUUCGUUAAAGUCUCCUUAUAAAACAAUGUGCGAAGAUAAGAAACUUCCAGGAGUGAAAAAAUAUACUAUUGCUGCUUGUUAUGAAGUUUGUAAACAGAACUACAUUGCAAAAUCAUGCAAGUGUCAAACAUUUUAUAUGAGAGAUAUAAAGUACAAACCAUGUAACGUUAAACAGUAUUUGAACUGUGUAUAUCCCUUGGAAGAGAAGUAUUCCAGUUCAUCAAAUAGUUCCAAAUGUGAAUGCCCUGAAUCAUGUGACUCAAUGAAAUAUAACGUGUAUCUUUCUUAUGGUUCCUUCCCCAGUAAUGCAUCAGCAACACUUUAUGCAGCUACUGAAAACACAACAUCUCAAAACUUCAGGGAGCCAAACGAAAUAAACGUCAAACAAGAAUACAAAUCGAUUGAUAGGACAAAUAUGGUUGCAAUAGACGUCUUUUACGAAGAUCUGAUUUACAAAGUUCUCAGACAAGUUCCAGCAUAUACCUUACAAAGUUUACUGGGUGAAAUUGGUGGCUUAAUGGGUUUGUUUCUUGGUGCAAGUAUUCUGACAAUGAUGGAGUUUGUUGAUGUUGCAGUCAUGUUGAUUUUGACUCGCCUUGGCAUCCAUAAAUAGUCUACAUACAUCUUUGAUUUAUGUUUUGCGUGGUGAAGAUUAUGCACAAUGUCAGUAAAAGAGAUCGUAAUUUAUGACAAGUGUGUUUUGUAGUUGCUAAGCAGCGAAAUUAAUAUGACAUCAUUUUUGUACUUAUGCCAGGAAGUCUGGGAAUAUUUUUUGUAAUAAAAAUAAUUAGUUACAUUAAUUUGCACAUGCAAUGAGUAAAGAGUCGUUUUUGCCUCGUUACCCUAUUAAACUGUUUAGAUAAUGCCAAAUAUAAAAUUCAUGUUAAAACUUUGAUAUUGUACCUUAAAUAUUUAUUUAGAUUUCUAUUGAUGAAUACUGCGGAACGCGUGAAAUGUUAUUGAGCCUGCGUUAAAUAGUAAAGUGUGUAUUGUUGCUAAACGUCGUGUAAUAAAUAUUCUAUUAAUGACCAAAUAUUACAUGACAUGACAUUAUAGAGGACAACUGCUGGUUGAGAAAGAAAAAUAAAAGUUUGUUUAGCUAUCUGUAAAAUAGUGGAAAACUGGAAGAUUAUACCAAAAGUUGUAUGAAGACAUUUUUUGUUUUCAUUUUUGUUUUGAAACUUUCAUCUUGUAUGAUUAACUCAAAUUUAGAGUGUUUGCCCUACUUUUAAUUUUAUAGUGAAAGGAAUGCAAUAAAGUAUGAAUUAUUACAUAGUUAAUUUUUUCAUCAAACUUUAUGAAAUUAUGAGUAAAAGACAACAAAGACAA